UGGUCUUGUUAGCCUUUGAAAUGGGGUGUAUUGGUGAGGAGUGGAGAAGUCUAACAUGAAAGAAGCAAAAUGCUAGUCCUGAGGUUCAGGACCUCACCAUGGGCCUUUCUGGUGGGAUUCCCAAUUUUUUUGACACCGGCAAUCCAUAUUUCCUUGUCUUCAAACCCAGGCAGCCCACUCACGGACAAUGAAUAUAAGGUCUUUUUCUCUUCCUUGAGUCCCACGUGGAAGGCAAACCUCGUGUGUCAGAUCCGCCGUAACAAAGGUUGCCAUGAUCCUAAAAUAAUAGAGCUGGAUCAAUUUGAGAAUCAUGGCCAGAUACCAGAGGGUCCUGUCUGUGCUGAACUUCCUCAAAUCCCACGUUUUGAGACUUUUUGUGUUUUUGCACAAUUUCGAUGCUUAAACCAGAAGUUCUACACCAAGCGGAUCCUGUGUCCUAAGAUGCCACCCCUUGAAGAGACUGACCUUUUCCUUACAGACCCAAGGGAGAAUCAUGCCUUAGCCCCUACUGAGGCUUCUCCACUAACCCUUGAAGGCCGCCUCCGCUCCAAUAUUGACUCCAUCUUGAAAUACUCCUUUGCAGUCUCAGGACAGAAGCCCAUGCUGAAGAAAAAUUUCCAUGUUUCACACAGUAAUCUGGAAACCCAAAAGCUACCUGAAUGGUCCACUGGCUUAAAUGCUGAGAUGAGCACAUUUCCUCCUGAAGCUUUCACCUUAAAUAUCCAAAAUGCUGAAAUCACAGAAGAGGUCACAAACCAGCAUCUCCUUGAAGACAUCCACCAUCUGAUUGGUGAAGCAUUGUCAUUGGAAAAGAACCUGAAGGAAAAGAGCACGAAAGAGAAGAAAGACAAAAAUCUAGGUCUGAAUAGUGAAAAAGACAUCUCAGGAAGUCUUUUAGCUAUUGAGAAGGAUGAAGCUCUGGUGAUUCUCUGCUAUGCAGUUCUUCAGGACAUUUGCAUAUCCUCAGCUAUUAGCAGGGCCUGGAAAGAAAUAGAAAGAAAAAUCUUUGGCUCUGAGGAUUUGGUGUGCGAUAACCUUGGCCGGCAUCAUGCAGAUCUGUGUGCUGAAUGUGCAUUCUGCUCUUUAAAAACAGAGCAGUGUCAAGGGGCCUCCAACCUAAAACGUACCCACUGUGGAGAUGGCAUCUUCACAAACUACAUUAACCCUGGGAUUCUGGCUCAGCAUCGGGCUAUGAGCCUCGAGAGUUCCCCAAACCUGCAAGAAUUUUAUGGAUUUGAAACUUACGGUGGCAUGCGGGCAGAGUACUGGUGUGGUCGCUUGGCUGCUCAUAGCUGUGAUGAUUAUCGUGUGGCUCUUUGGCUGCAGUCAGAAUAUUCUUUCUUUCAUGGAGGAGAUUUCCCAAACAAGAUUUGUGACUCAACAGGAGUUCAACAUCCAACUUAUUGUGCAUUCAAGAGUAAUCAGUGCAUGGAAUACACCAUUCAAAACAAGAAGGUAUUGCGGAUUGGCUGCCUAAAAGAUCAGAUGUAUCAGGAGCUAAGCAGGGAGGAAGGAGAAGUUGAAGUGCUGCUCUGGAGCCAGAAAUUCUUGAAUUUUACCGAAGGGUGAAUGAAAAAACAGAAUGAAAUAGUUUUUUUUUUAAAAAGGAGAAGGGCCAAAAGAGACUUAUGCACAAACAUAUAUAUAAAUAGCCACUGUUUUACGACUCUCAAUUUAAAGAUGUUUAAAUAUAUAGUCUCUGUAUUUAAGUACUACAGUGGUACCCUUUUAUUUCACUCUGGAAGCUCCUCCUACUAAAUCCAUCUCAUACGGUUUGUCUUUUAAUGUUUCUCAACAAUGAUUUUUACCAAAUCUUCCUGGUUGUGUUGUACUUGGAUGUAAGAAGAAUAAAUGAUAAAAAGCAUGAACUGACAAAUGAAGUGAAAGUAAGAAAUAUGUAUCUGUAAGAGAAAGGAGGAGAACAUAACAGAUCUGCAUGAAGGUGAACUUAUGGAGGGAAGUGAAGAUACAGAUUUAAUUAUAAAUAAAAGGAAUAAAAUGUAUGUCUGACUAUACGAAUUGAUGUCAUUUAAAUUAGUAUGGGUAAACAAAAAUAUAUGUUUAUUAUCAUUGAUGCACAUUAUAUUCCUGUAUAUAGUGAUAAUGAAAGAACUAGAGAUGAAUUUGGUAGCACUGUCUAUUAUUGAGAAGGAAUGUGUCCUAGAAGA